UCUCUCAACCAGACAGCUUUACAACCAAGGUCAGGAAGAAGAUGAGACAUACAGUAUCCAAGAUGUCCUCCUUGUCUCUCUCAGACAAGAAAGAUAAUACAGGAUUGGACGACGGAUCCCAUAAUGAAAUACUCAGGAGACUGUCAGAUAGAAGUGAUAAAAGUGUUUCAAUCUCCAAGAGUCCUAAAUUACACAUGAGAGCUCAGAACCAUAGCAUGGAUCUUCUGGCACCACCACAGCCUCUGAGCCGAACUAACAGUAGUUCCAGCUUUUUCUUGUCUGAUGAUGAUGACAGUCAAGGAAGAUACAGUGUGUCACCUUUGACUCCAGAUAGACCUCCACCUGAUGGGGAUGAUAUUACAUCCAUACUCGGACCAGGACAGAUUCCGCCAAAACCAUCUGCAGAGACCACAGUAUGUGGAGACAUCAAAUUGGGAUUCAUGGUUUCAAAGGGUCAGUUAGAAGUUGAUAUCGUGUGUGCAGCUGGCCUGCACAGAGCUGGAAGCGUUCACCCCCCAGAUACUUAUGUAAAGACAUAUUUAGUGGAGGGAAAGAAAGUCAUACAACGGAAGAAGACACUUGUUGUCAAGGGCUCCUUUGAUCCAGCUUACCGCAAGAAGAUCAGAUACUCAGCCUGCAAUGUCCAUGGGAGAACAAUGAAGAUUAAUAUAUGGGAGCGCACUGGUAGUUUUGAAAAGAAGGCAUGUCGUGGUGAAGUUCUAGUCCGACUUGAUGGCUUAGAUCUUUCCAAACACACCAUGGCCUGGUACAAACUCUUUCAAAUGAACAGCACUGAUUACGGAUCUGAUGAAUUCUUGAACUCUUGGUGA